AUGUUUUUCGAAUUCUCUUCAUACAUUUUCACUAUUUCCCCGUUUUUGACUAGAUUUUUUCCAGGAAACAUGAGUAAAGUCAACCGAAUCGAGUUAAUAGCACCGCGGAAAACCAUCUCAUUCGGCGGAUUCACGUUCGUCGAGCCAAAUUUGAACUACAAGCCGCCGAUUUUCUCGUGUUGCUCGUCGCUAAAAGAUCCGUCGUGUUAUCGAAACGAAUUCGAAGAAGAAGAGGAGGAUUCGUUCGAUAAGCAAGAAGAGGAAGUUGUUCCUGCUCCGCCGAAGCCUCCCAUAGCUACUGCUUCUUUUUCGAAUUACGAAAAACCGACAACUUCGAAUUACCAAGAACGAAACAACUACGAUUGGAACAAUCAGCAAAGCAACCAGCAGCACAGUUCAUUCGACAACGAUGACGAUGAUAUAUUCAUAGAAGAGAUACAUUUAGGAAAUAGCAACGAAAAAUCAAAAUCACCAUCCCCCGGCCUUGACGAUAGCUUCGAGAAUUUCCAAGCGUCAAGUGCAGAAGUUGUUCAAGGAACUUCAGAUGAUGUGAACGACAGUUUUGAGGAUUUCGAGCCUAUUUCAGUGCCAACUGCGCCAAAAAGUCUAGCGACUCUUCAGAAAUCUAGCUCAGAAGUUGCCUUAAACCAACAGCGACAUGAUAUGCACGGAAGGUUUCGUGGAUUUCUGCAAGAUGAUAGUGAAGAAUUCAAUAAUGAGUUGGAUCUUUUGGGCGCUGAAAUGAACGAAGAGUUGUAUAGCACGUUGAAGUCAAAGUUCGGAUUCAAUCAAUUCCGACACCGUCAGAAGCAGUGUAUUCUGUCGACGCUCAUGGGUCACGAUACGUUUGUGUUGAUGCCAACUGGGGCGGGAAAGAGUUUGUGCUAUCAGUUGCCAGCGGUGAUUCUGACCGGUGUUACUGUUGUUGUUUCGCCGUUGCGAUCGUUGAUUGAGGAUCAGAAAAUGAAGAUGAAAGAGUUGGGAAUUGGAUGCGAAGCUCUCACCGCUGAUCUCUCCACUGGCGCACAAGAAGACAUCUACACAGAACUGUGUUCGGAGAAUCCAUCGAUAAAAUUGCUUUAUGUCACUCCGGAAAAGAUCAGUGCAUCUGGGCGCCUUAAUUCUGUGUUCUACACUCUUCAUCGACGCGGACUGCUCGCUCGAUUCGUCAUCGAUGAGGCGCAUUGUGUAUCUCAAUGGGGACACGACUUCCGGCCAGACUACACGAAACUUCAUACGCUUCGAGAGAAAUUCCACACACCGCCCGUCCCAAUCAUCGCGUUGACUGCAACGGCGACGCCGAAAAUUGUGACAGACGCGCGGGAUAAUCUGAAAAUGCAGAAUUCGAAGCUAUUCAUCAGCUCGUUUGUCAGGGAUAAUUUGAAAUACGAUUUGAUUCCAAAAGCGGCAAAAUCGCUGAUCAAUGUUGUUGAAAAGAUGAAACAGUUGUAUCCGGGCAAAUCAGGAAUUGUUUAUUGCUUGUCUAGAAAAGAAUGCGAAACUGUCCAAAUGAUGCUGACCAAAGCCGGCUUAUCUGCAGAAGUCUAUCACGCUGGCCUCAACGAUAACCUUCGAGUCUCUGUUCAAAAAGGAUGGCUCGCCAACAAAUUCGACGUCAUCUGCGCGACAAUCGCCUUUGGAAUGGGUAUCGAUAAGCCGGAUGUUCGAUUUGUGAUCCAUUAUUCGCUUCCGAAAUCCAUCGAAGGCUAUUAUCAAGAGACCGGGAGAGCGGGAAGAGAUGGAAUGCCAUCGUACUGCUUGAUGUUGUAUUCCUAUCAUGAUUCGAUUCGUUUGAGGAGAAUGAUUGAAGAAGGGAACACGACCACUGGCGUUCGUUCGAUGCAUCUCAACAACGUACUUCAAGUAGUUGCCUACUGUGAGAACGUGUCAGUUUGUCGACGUAAAAUGCUUGUUGAGCACUUUGGAGAGGUUUACGAUGAGCAAUCCUGUCGAAACAGCAAAACCCCCUGUGACGUCUGUGAACGUCAACGAAAGAAUCAAGAAGCCAUUCGCCUGUUCGAUGUGACCAAUGACGCUCUUUCUAUUAUGCAAUGUCUCCCUAGAAUGCAAAAAGCCACGUUGAAAUACAUAUCAGAACUCUAUCGAGGGUCUCUAAUCAAGAAGACGUCAGAACAGGCGGUACGAAUGGGACAUACCAAACUUCCAUUCUUCUCAAAAGGACAAGGAAUGACAGAAGGGGAUGCGUUGCGAUUUGUGAGGAAGUUGGUGAUCGAGGGGUUGGUUCAUGAGAGAUUGUACUCGAUUCCGAAUCAGACGGCUGCAGUGUUGGCAUACGCGGAAUUGACAGAUUCUGGAAAAGAGGUGGCGGCUGGGAGGAAGCAGGCAAAAGUGUAUUUGCAUAUUGUGACGUGUGAGAAGAAGAGAAAGAAUGCUGGCCUGAUCGAAUUGUCCAAUAUGAAUACGGUAUCAGAAGCACAAGCACUGAAGGAGAGACAUAUGGUGAAGCAUGGUGACGUCUUCACGAAAUGCCUUCAGGAUCUCACUCAACUCAUCACAUCAGUUGCGGAGAGCUCCGGACUCACUGGCCCCUAUUCUAUCGUUUCGAGAGAAGGAAUCGAACAGAUUGCUGCUCUCUUGCCACGUACGAACUCUGAUCUUUUGCGAAUCGACUCUAUGACCCAGAUCAAGAUCACUAAGUACGGUAGAAUGAUUAUGGAGUUGUUGGCAACGUAUUGGAAGCAGGUCGAUGAGCGGGAAGAGGAGGAAAUGAGAAAUCAGCUGGAUAAGCUGAAAAGCGGAGAGAUUGUGAUGGGUGGAUUCGCUACAUUGUCAUCGGAUUCGAACUUCCCGCCAGCGCCAUAUAUGAAGCCGUUGGGAGGUGGAAGAGGAAGGAAACGAACGACUCCUGGAUUCUCCUCUGGACGAGCUACAAAACGGCCACGUAUCACUGCACCAUCCCGUGGAGGAGCCAAGCCACGUGGCAGAGGAGGCGCCAAAGCGACGACAUCUGGAGCUAUUGGUGCCAGAAAAAACAUGUUCCCAUCGGCGUUCUUCUAA